GAAUAAUUAUUUUAAUUUUUUUGUUUAAGCUGAGUCUGUUAACUAUAAUUGUAUUUAUUUAAAAAUGACAAAAUUGCCAAUAAUAUCAGUCCACUACUAGAAUCCUGACUUAAAACCCACAUUACCAAAGGUUGCACAUUACCGCUUGCAAAAAUAUUUCCAAAGGAGGGCGCUAUCUGAACACAGAGCAACAGGCAUUCAGCGUUACUCACAUUCAAGAUAUUAACACUAUCUAAAGAGCAAAGGGGAGUUUCCAAAGUCAUCAAGUCCAUCCAACUUUGCCAUUUUCGGCCAGAGACCACUGAAAAUGACUCCCAAGAAGACUGCCGCUCCCUUCCUAUGGGUUUCUUUUUGCUUUGGGAAUGUUCUUGAGGCAGUGGUGCUGGGAUCGGUGCAGUACCCCUCUGAUAACGGGCUCCACUCACAUCUGGAUGCGCGCGGUCCUGCAGAAGCCAGCGCGAGCUCUCGGAGCGACUUCACAUCUGUUCAUGUUCCGUCUUACAUGAUCUCUCUGUACAGGACUCUAUCGGAACUGGACCGACAGGGAAGCAACGGCAGCCAGACGCGCUCCAGGAGAUAUGCCAAUACAGUGACCAGCUUCAUUGACCUGGGACAAGAUGACCCUUCUCUAAAGUUCCACCAGCAGUACACAUUCGACCUGUCAGGUCUCUCAAGACUGGACGAACUGAUGGAGGUGGAGCUGCGGAUUCUGAGGAGGCCACCACCUGAUGUCUUAAGAUUACUCUCCACUGGUGGGAACCUGUACCGACUACUCCUUCACACCUGCUCCCUCCCGGGAUCCUCUAACCAACCUCUGCUCCUCACUUCCAGGACCAUUGAUCUUCUAGAUACCGCUUCAGCCACAUGGGACGUGUUUGACGUUGGCACAAGCGUGAAGACCCACCUCAAGUUGAUCAGGGCCGCAGAAGGCAGCCGGCCAUUGUGCUUCAGCAUAUCUGCUGUUUCUGAUUCAAAAGAGGAGGUGGUGCAUCCCGGCAUGCUGGGUCUGAGCCAUGAGGAUCAGCAGACCCAUGAAAGGGCCUUACUGGUGGCUUUUACUCGAGCUCGGAGGAAGGAGAACCUCUUUAGGGAGAUCCGUGAGAAGAUAAAGGCCAUGAAAGGUCGUAAAUUUCCUCAUCCUGCACCGGAGCAUGGUAUUAAAGUUCAUCCGAGACAUCGGCGGAGGAGGCGGACCGCACUAGCAGGCCGUUCUGGUGUAGGACACACAACAGGAGGCGGCGGUGGAGGAAAGGGUGGUGGCAGACGGAGAACACGUUGCAGCCGGAAGCCGCUUCACGUGAACUUCAAAGAACUGGGUUGGGACGACUGGAUUAUUGCGCCGCUUGAUUACGAAGCUUAUCACUGUGAGGGUUUGUGUGACUUUCCCUUGCGCUCACACCUGGAACCGACCAACCACGCCAUCAUCCAGACUCUCAUGAACUCCAUGGACCCGGAGUCCACCCCUCCCAGUUGUUGUGUUCCUUCUAAACUCAGUCCCAUCAGCAUCCUGUACAUUGACUCUGGGAAUAACGUGGUUUAUAAACAGUAUGAGGACAUGGUGGUGGAGAGUUGUGGGUGCAGGUAGCAGUGUGAGUGAGGGGUGACCUACCCCUGGACACUAUCCGAAUGCUGCCGCUGCCUCAUAUGCAGAGGCCUCAUACGUGGGCAAGAUGAAGGAGACAGAGCCGGUGAGAUGGACAGUGUGUAAAUGUGUGACAACGAGCAUGUGUGUAUGUUCAGACGGCCACAAGACAUUGAGUUGUGUUUCAAAAGUGAGAGGAGGAUAUGUGUGCCGAACAUCUUCAAGUUCCCUUACAACACCAAAUAAACAACUCCUCAACGGAGAAUAAGUGAAAACAUAGGCUUCAGCAGAAAUUAUUUUACGUCCUGUUAAUAUAAACUCAAUGAUAGAGUGUUGAAGUAUCCUUGCAGCAGCGGUAGAAAUGUUGGUCCCGUUAAGACUCUGUCAGCGGUAGCACGCAACUAUAACAUGUAUAACAGUUAAUGGUGCUUUGCAUGACAGUCAGCUUAUAUUCAAGAUUAAAUAGCUAAGAAGAAUUUCGAUAGUGUCUCUGAAAAUGUUUCUCUGUGAAGUCAGCUGGUCUUAAUUAAAUAUGGCAUUGACUGAGUGAGAGUUUGACUCCAUUCUAAAUCUAAGGGGUCAAAGUUUAGCUUGUUAGCAUUGCCUCAUUAGCCCCUGCUGGUAGAUGUCAUAACUACACCAUGUGCUUGCAAAAAACAUCUUUAUCAACUGACAACCGUUCAAAAUAGCUAUAUUUUAUUUACAUGUUUUACCAGAGCACAGGGCCUUCUUAUACAUGUAAAAUUUACAUUUGUCAUAGCUCAGGAUAGUCACUAGGAAAGGAUUGGGCACUGUGCAUGUGUGGUUUCAUCAGUCCAUCAGCACUGUCAUGAUUUCAUUUUCCUGCAGCUUUGGAGUGAUUAGUCAGUAGAAGUCAACAGUAGGGUGUGUCCUUUUUGGAGCUUUAGAUGCUUCUAGAACCAACAGACCAAUGAAGAAUUAUAAACCAUAACAUUAUUAAGCACAUCAUUUUAUAUUCUUAAAAUAACAUAGUUAAUGCUAAAACUAAAAUGAAGCUAUUUGAUGAGAAUGAGAACCCAGGCGUUUUAUGUUGAUGACACCACAUUUGGUUUCGGUCAGACGAUAGAGCUGCAUUAUAGUACAUGAUGUGUACAAUAUGUGCAAGAUAAAUGACUUCAUUGCAUUGAGCGACCCAAGACCUUAUUUUGUGAAAGGCAUUGUGGAGCCAAAAUCAAAAUGAUUGUUUUGUUUUAUUCUGACACCAGAUUUGGCUGUUUGAAGACUUCAGUGUUCACCUACAUUAUGGAGAGGGUUGGUUUACUUGAGCUGGUAAUUCAAUUAGAUUACUUUAAUGUCAUGUUUUACUAUGGAUUAUCAUACAGUAAAAAUUCACUGUGAUUCCUCAAAUUCUUAAUCUAAAUUGUUUAUUUAUGAAUGACAGCCACAAGGUAAAAAAAAGCCCAUAAUAUAACAUAAACAAAAAGGAAACUAAUUUAUGCCCAAUUUAAAUGGUUCGUCAUUUAUUUACCCUCAUGUCAUCCCAAACCUGAAUAAUAUAUUUUUAGUUGAACAUGAAAGAUGAUGUUCUGAAGAAUGUUCAAACUGUCCAUAGACUUCCAUUGUAUGGACAAAAAAAUAAUAAUAAUAUAUAUUUUAUAUAUAUAUUCCACAGAAGAAAGAAAGUUGGGGUGAAUUAUCUCCUUAAAUUCAUGUUAGUUUAUGUGAAAGUUUUAGAUAUAACUUCUUCUUAAUGGCAUCAGGCCACAAGAACAAAAUGAAAAUAAGCUUCUAGCGUUCAUUAAUCUCAGUGUCAGAGCAGAAAUAUUUGCCUGCUUACUGUUUAUAUAACAUCAACUGUUUCCUCUAUGAAGAAAUACAAAGCAGAUUUUUAAUUCAGAACAGCAAUUGUUUUUCUUUUUUUGACAUUUCUCCAUGGUAAUUCCCCUCAAUCAAUGUUGGUCUCAUUGUAUGGGAAUGAUAAUCACCCAGAUUGUCCACGGUGGCAGUAUGAAAGUUACAUUCCUAAAUCAACAGACCACAGAAGAAUUAGCCAGAGCAUCUGUGCAGUUCAGAACAAUAUAAUGGCACGAAAUCUGAUGAAAACUUCCUGUGUGGUUUUACGGCACAUUACUGUCGUGACCGUUAGUUUACAAGCUUGUUGUUUUGAUUGUUUGUAAGCACUUCUGCAGAAGUAAAUUCAAUUCGCCCUUUCCAAUUAUGUUGAAAACAGUUGCAUCUCUCACGGUAUUUCUCGAUUUCCCAUUCAAAUUGUGCAGAGCUGUUUUUGCUCUGAGGCAAAGUCUUGUUCUGCAGGACUGAACAGGACUGUUUGGAAAGAUAAAGCAAAAAUGAGAUCUUCAACAUCCAUUUCAAACAAAUUGAUUUCAUUUGGCCCGACAAUUCCAAUCGUAUGUUCGCUUGCUCCUUAAUCUAAUUCCUCUCAAGGCAGUUUCUCCAAACAAUCUGAUUCUUUUUAUAAGCAGCCUUUAUUUUAGUAUUGACAUGAUCAUGAUACCACACCUAGCUGGAAAAGAAUAACAUUUGGGGACGCCAUCUUUGGUUCAAGGAGAUAAAGCAGCAUGAAGAGUGCCUUUGCCGCGUCGGUUUUCGGAGGUCUGGAGGUUAUCAGCUUAAGCGCUGCAUGGGUUACCUCAGUUGUGCCUCGCUAUUUGACUAAAGUGAAAAGCCUCAGGAGACAUUAAGUAGAGAAGGAGUUUCAAUUUACUAUGCCAAGUGCUCUCAGAGAAAUGAAUGCAAAGCCUGCAGGACUGUCAUGGUUCAGUUAAGGGGUUUGGCACCCCUGGAAUAUACAUGCUGAUCAGUGCUAAGCAAUGUUAACUUACCUUCACCGACAUCUGUUUUACUUUACUGUACUUAAGCUGGUAAAAUAUAUGUUGCUUAAAAAAAUAUGGAGGGGACCAUAAAGCCGUGACUGAUUUGUUUUAUUAGAACAAAGGGUUCAAAUAUAAGUGUAAAUUAUUGUACACUUGCCAAAGUGCUUUUCCUAAUUUAAUGCAUUUAGUGUAUUUAUCUGGCUAAGAAAAUUAUCAUUUUAUACUACAAAAAAAUGGGAGAAUGUCUUUUUUUGUUAUUGACUUUUUAUUGUAAAUGCACUGUGUAUGUGAGAGUAUGUAUACUGUUAGAUAAGGAAGUGUACAUAAUUCAAAUGUAAAUAUCUGCAAUAUAUUGCUUUCUUUUCUUUUUCUUUUGGAUAUA